AUGCACACGCACAGCCCCCGGCUCCGCAGCCGUGCCCAGGAAGCGCCCCGCACCGGCCCCACCAUGGACUCUAGCUGGCGCCGGCAGAGCAGCCCGGAGCUGGGCAGGGGCAAGCGGCUGAGCGUUGGGGAGCUGCGCUCGUUCUUCGAGGCUCACUGCGCCGCUGCUGCAAGGGAGCUACCGGACCCGGCCAAGAGGAGCUGCCGCCCCCCCAACGGGCUGCUGCCGCCGGUCAUCCCGCAGCUGACCGUCACCCCAGAGGAGAGCGAGGAGGCGCAGGGCAGCCCCAAAGGGCCCCCGCCGGACCCGGAGAGCGGCUGGCUGGGGACGGGCAGCUCACUGCACCUGCUGCAGUCCCGCCGGCUCUCCAACUCCUCGCUGUCCUCCACGGGCUCCUCGUCCGUCUUCGAGGACUCCGAGGACGACCUGCUGAGCGACACGGAGGGUAGGAGCCAGGGCAUCGUGCACCUGGAGCACGGGGAGGACACCAACCAGAAAAAAUCAUGGCAUACAAUUAAAACGAUGGUCAACUUGCCAGUCAUCAGCCCCUUCAAGAAGCGCUAUUCAUGGGUGCAGCUGGCUGGGCACACAGGGAGUUUCAAGGCAGCUGACAGCGAUACGAUUCUGAAGCGCUUCUCUGAGAAUGAAAAGGAGUGCUUUGAGCUGCUGAUGAAAGAUCCUCUGCGCUCCUGUGUCCCUGCCUUCCAUGGGGUGGUAGAGAGAGAUGGCGAGAAAUACAUUCAACUGGAUGACUUGCUCGCUGACUUUGAAGGGCCUUGUGUCAUGGACUGUAAGAUGGGGAUCAGGACGUACCUGGAGGAGGAGCUGACUAAAGCCCGUGAGAAGCCAAAGCUGCGUAAGGACAUGUACAAGAAGAUGAUUGAGGUGGAUCCUCUUGCGCCCACAGCUGAGGAGAACACGCAGCAUGCUGUGACCAAGCCACGUUACAUGCAGUGGAGAGAGACCAUCAGCUCCAGUGCCAACUUGGGCUUCAGGAUAGAAGGGAUUAAGAGGGCUGAUGGGACUUGUAACACAAACUUCAAAACAACUAAGACACGGGAGCAAGUUUUCCAGGUUUUUAUGGAAUUCAUUGAGGGCAACGCAACUAUUCUGAAAAAAUACCUCAAGCGUCUGCAUGAUAUCCACCUUAUCCUCGAGUCCUCAGACUUCUUUAAACGACAUGAGGUCAUUGGAAGUUCACUACUCUUUGUGCAUGAUGACAGCGGACAUGCCAAUGUAUGGCUGAUUGAUUUUGGAAAGACCACGCUUCUCCCUGAUGGGCAGACCUUGGACCACAGGAUCCCCUGGCAGGAAGGCAACCGGGAGGAUGGGUACCUGCUGGGAUUGGACAAUUUGAUUAGUAUCUUAGACAGCAUCACUGAAAGAUGA